UAAAGUAACAUCUAUACUUUGAAGUUAAUAUAAAUAAAAAAAUAUAGUAUCAACUUUAUUUUUUACAUUUGUAAUGUACAGAGUAUUUGUUAAGAUGAGAGAGCGUAUGACGUGUUGCCUUGCUUCCUUACGCUGUAGUAUGGGAUAGGAAAAUAAACCUAAACUUGGGAGGAAAAAAAAAAAGGAAUAAGCAAAAAUAAUUUUUUCCUCCUUUGCAGGCUUCUCUGGUUAACAGCAAGUUUCAUUGUUAGAGGCUUGUUGGCUGACGUCACUUUUGGUUCAUGAAGCUUUGCCUUGAAGUGAAGCUGAAUAAAAACCUUGAGAAGAAUCUCCUUCAAUCUGCUGCAAGGAACUAAACAGACACACACACAUAGAGGGAGCACAAUUACACCCUCUUCCUUUAUGUCCUUUCCCACAGCUCCUGGAGAGACACACAGCACACACAAAAAGAGACUGGCAAGGAAAAGCAGAGAUAACCUUCCAUCACCUCUCCCUAAAAUAUUCACCCCCCUGAAUCCCUGGCAAGGAGGAGACCCCUGGGCAUAAGUGUGCAAGAGUGAUGUCACAGAACUGACUACAUUUUUUUACAAGAAGGGGUUAAAGCCCCGGGCCCCUGGACAGGACAGAUUUGAAGCUUCUGCACUGAACAGAAGAACAUGUCUCACGUGCUCAUGUAGGAUUAUCAUGAUACAAUAUGGAGUCUGCAGAGAGGAUAACAACAUCAAACCCAUCGUCAGUGACUUCUUCAUCGCCUUCCACCCCUUCUGUAGCAUCAGUGGUAACUAAAGGAGGCCUUCCCACAGGAAUCACCCCUCUGAGCUCCUCAAUUACGGCUUGUGGACACUUGUUCAGAGCUUCUGGAGAUCAACCAUUCAAUCUGUCCAGUGCCUUUCCAAUGAUCAGCCACCCGGUCUUCGGCCUGCACGCAGCCAGCUCAGGACAUUCGGAAUUUGGUGGUUUGGGAACGCUUGGUGCACCCACAGCCUUAGCAGCACAUCCCCAGUUAUCACCUUUCCCAGGUGCAGAAUGGUGGAGAGCGACAGACCCGCACACCCGCGCUGCUUUCUUCCCCCCAUUGCUUGGACUCCCACCCAUAUUUACUCCCCCAUCUCAGAACCACGACUCCUCCUUUCAUCUACGGAAUGCCGGGAAAAAUAACCGCGGUGGAACGGAGAAAGGUAUGAAUGGAUCUAUUAAUGGAGGUAGCCCUACACUAGUGACUAGUAACUGCACCUCGGUGCUAUCAACCACUACCACUAGUCCGGCACAAGUGAAGAGUGCAAGCUCUGGAGCCGGAAGCCGUGCAAGCAGCCAAGAGCAAAGCAAGUCGGAUGGUAGAAAUGAAAAGAAUAAAGAUAAGCAAAAACCAAGGAAGAAAACCGUUGAAAGUUCCAGCUCCAGCGACUCCGGGUCUUCAUCCGAUACAUCAAGUGAUGGAGGCAGUAGCAGCGACUCUGACGACUUAGAGGAAGAGGACCAAAGCAUAGAAGAGAGCGACGAUGAUGACUCCGAAUCUGAGAGUGAAGCACAAACUAAAAACAAGAGCAAGGUGCUAAUUCAUAACGUCCCUGACCUGAAAACAGAUGGAAACCAAGCGGAGAAGUUGCCGGAGAAACGUGUACACCAGCAGUUACCUCUUGUUCCUGACGCCCAGAACCGCUCACCAUUCCAGUCCCAGCAAAAACAUCCUCAGGUCUUGUCCCAGCAUCUUCCUUUUAUAUUCCAAAGCUCUCAGGCCAAGGAGGAGGCUGUGAACAAACACACAAGUGUAAUCCAAUGUACAGGACUGGUCUCUACUACCAAACCCUCUAGUUUGCUUAACCAAUCCAAUAAGGAUACCAGCUUGAAGCUUGGAGUCUCCUCUUCUGAUGGACUCAAACCAGGGAACAAACAUACCUCUGAAGACCCCAUGCCACAACCCAGCGACUUGAGAAUUAAAAGGGAUCAUCACAAACAGACAUUCCCUGCACAACUAAACAAGUCACAAGAAAGCUCCAAGCACCAGAAAAAGACAAUUGUCCCCCCACCAGUCCCUAGUCCCAUUUCUAACUCUAUAUGUCACCAACAACAAUCCUUAGAGAAUAACCACUCCAAUCCAUUCUUGACAAACGCUCUAUUGGGAAAUCACCAGCCAAAUGGAGUUAUUCCCUGUGUUAUCCAGGAGGCGCCCCUGGCACUUACCACCAAAUCAAAGCAGGACAAUAAAGGAUGUGAAAAUAUAAACGUUUCCAGUAGCGCCCAGUUUUCCACUCCAAUUAAUUUAAGUUCCUGUGUGAAAAAGAAUUCAUCCAGCAAAUCGGUCCUUGGGCCCAGCGGAUCCCAUUUAUUGCGUAAUCUUUGUAAGGAGAAAACUCUGGAUAAUAACUCACCAGCAAUAAAACCAUCCCAUCACUUAAAUGCUGCAAAGUCUUUAUUAGACAAGUUCCGAGGAACGGACUCUGAUAUCCCCAGCAGCAAGGACUCCGAUGACUCCAAUGAAGAAGAUGACGAUGAGGAUGAUGAUGAAGAUGAUGAAGAGGAAGAUGAAGAUGAUGAAGACGAUGAUUCAGACAGUCAGUCUGAGUCGGACAGCAAUUCAGACUCUGACUCGGAGGGAUCAGAAGAGGAUGAUGAUAAGGAUGAAUCUGACAGUGAUACAGAAGGGGAGAAACUGAAGUUCAACAAAACGGCUCCUUCUACGAACAGCACAGCGAACAGCAUAGCGGCACACUCCACACCCCUCAACCUGCAAGUGAUCAAGAGUCCGAGCUCUGCUCCUGCCGCACUCUGCUCCGACACACAAUCCUCUGACUUCCACAGCUCCUCUGCAACUCUCAGCCCCAGCACGCCAUGCGGUUCUGCCAAGAGGCGAAGAGUAACAGAUGAGCGUGAAUUGCGUAUUCCAUUGGAGUAUGGCUGGCAACGAGAAACUAGAUUAAAGAACGCCAGCGGACGGCUGCAGGGAGAAGUGACUUAUUUUGCCCCAUGUGGAAAGAAGUUCCGGCAGUAUCCAGAAGUUAUGAAGUAUCUCAGCAGAAAUGGAAUAAUGGAUAUCACAAGGGACAAUUUCAGCUUCAGUGCAAAAAUAAGAGUGGGGGACUUCUAUGAAGCCAGAGAUGGACCACAGGGACUGCAAUGGUGUCUUCUGAACGAGGAGGAAAUUGUGCCGCGUAUCAGAGCGAUGGAAGGGCGCAGAGGACGACCGCCUAAUCCAGAGAGGCAGCUUGCUAGAGAGGAAACAAGGAUGAGGCGCAGGAAAGGUCGACCCCCAAAUGUUGGUAGCCCAGAUUUUGCUGUGAAUGACGGAGCCAAGCUCUUAAGAAAGCUUCAAGCGCAAGAAAUUGCCAGACAAGCUGCACAAAUAAAACUUCUGCGAAAGCUUCAGAAACAAGAGCAAGCACGAGCAGCGAAAGAGGCGAAGAAACAGCAAGCUAUUAUGGCUGCAGAAGAGAAGCGGAAACAAAAGGAGCAAAUCAAGAUCAUGAAGCAACAGGAAAAAAUCAAAAGAAUUGAGCAGAUACGGAUGGAAAAAGAACUACGUGCCCAACAAAUUCUAGAGGCUAAAAAGAAAAAGAAAGAAGACGCAGCAAAUGCCAAAAUAAUGGAGGCCGAGAAACGAAUAAAGGAGAAAGAAAUGCGACGCCAGCAGGCCGUCCUCUUAAAGCACCAGGAGUUGGAGAGGCAUAGACUAGAUAUGGUAUGGGAACGAGAGAGGAGAAGACAGCACAUCAUGCUUCUGAAGGCUGUGGAAGCUCGUAAAAAGGCAGAGGAGAGAGAGCGUUUAAAACAAGAAAAACAAGACGAAAAACGUCUGAAUAAGGAACGUAAACUUGAACAACGGCGCUUAGAACUAGAGCUGGCCAAGGAGCUCAAGAAGCCAACUGAAGAUAUGUGUUUGGCCGACCAAAAGCCCUUGCCAGAAUUGCCACGUAUACCCGGACUGGUCCUGUCUGGGGGCACAUUCUCCAACUGUCUUAUGGUGGUACAGUUCCUACGUAACUUUGGCAAAGUUUUGGACUUUGACAUCCAUAAUGAUAUCCCAUCUUUAAGCGUCUUUCAAGAAGGAUUAUUAAACAUAGGGGACAGCCUGGGAGAGGUUCUAGAUCUGCUAGUAAGGCUCCUAUCUGCAGCCGUGUGUGAUCCCGGAGUUCCUCCAGGAUAUAAGGCUAAAACUGCUCUUGGCGAACAUUUGAUGAACAUCGGCAUCAACCGUGACAACGUGUCGGAGAUCCUUCAGAUCUUCAUGGAAGUGAACUGUGGGCAGACAGAGCUUACCGAAAGUCUUAAGACCAAAUCCUUCCAAGCACACACCCCGGCUGAGAAGGCGUCCGUGUUUGCCUUUCUAGUCAAUGAACUUGCCUGUAGCAAAAGCGUUGUUAGUGAAAUUGAUAAAAAUUUAGACCACAUGUCCAACCUGAGGAGAGACAAGUGGAUGGUGGAGGGCAAGCUCCGCAAGCUUAGAAUAAUACACGCAAAGAAAACUGGAAAGCGAGACUCCCUCGCAGGCCCUGAAGGAGGAGAGGAGCACCCAUCAUUGGGCACCCCCACACCUGGCAGGAAACGCAGGCGGAAGGGUACAGACAGUGACUUCGACGAUGACGACGAGGAUGACACAGAUGACCCAGCAGAUGAAGACGAUGAAGACGAGGAAGAUAAAAAAGGGAAAAAGUCUCAGAGCUGUGAUGAUGAGGAUGAUGGGGAUCAGACGGCUACUGUAGAGGAACUGGAGAAACAGAUUGAAAAGCUAUUGAAGCAACAAAACCAGUACAGGAAGAAGUUGUUUGAAUCAUCUCAUUCUUUGCGCUCUAUGAUGUUUGGGCAAGAUCGGUACCGGCGUAGGUACUGGAUUCUUCCACAGUGUGGUGGUAUAUUUGUAGAAGGCAUGGAGAGUGGUGAAGGUCCAGAAGAAAUGGCUAAAGAAAAGGAGAGGAAACGGCAAGCAGAAAACAUCCAGAUAAAAGAAGAAGCAAUUGAGAGUUGUGAUGAGAAACCCAACUGCGUGGACACCAGUGCUGGGGCGCAGAAAUGUCUGAUGGAUAAGGACAGCACCAAUCUAUUCCUCCAAAAACCUGGAUCCUUUUCAAAACUGAGCAAACUGCUAGAAGUAGCCAAAAUGCCCCCUGAGAUGGACCUUGUAACCCCAAAACCAAGUGAUUCACCCAAUGGCUGCCCUGUGCCUUUCCAGAAUAAUGCCAGGAGCACACCCAUCAUCCUGCAGGCCACCACUUCCCAAUGUAACCCUGAAAAGACAGACCUGAACCCAUUCAGUCCUGUGGUUAGUGGUUCUGGAAAGUUUUACAACUCUCCCAUAAUUCACAAUGAACAGCUGCUGAAAACUCUUACCGAGAAGAGCCAAAAAUGGUUUAGUCUUCUUCCCCGGACUCCAUGUGAUGAUACUUCAAUAACACAUGUAGAGUAUUCCACAUCCUUAGCUUCUACAAGCCAGUCCCAGCAACCUUCUCAUUCUCCUUCACCAGUGCCAUCACCGGUCAUGAACUCCUCCUCUUCUUUACAGAAUAGUUUGGGACUCAGUCCAUUCACCAUGUCUCCACUUCAGAUGAAGCAUGGUUUACCUCUGAUGGGACUUCAGUUUUGUGGAUGGCCGUCUUCAGUUAUGCCAGGAAAUCUACCUUUUUCUUCUCCGAUGCCAAGCCCAGUGGCCAGUCUCGGACUUGGAAUGUCUGAAGGAAACGGGCACGCUUUCAUCACCCCAAAUGCUCAAACCAGCAAAAGUGAAUCUCCUGUGCCACAAAGUGACAAAUCUGUCUGUACGCCAUCUCCUGCAGUGGAGGUUCCCAAACAAGUAGAUUUUCCAAGCCCUCGACCAAUUCCAGAAGAAAUGCAGUUUGGCUGGUGGAGAAUAACAGAUAUAGAAGAUCUGAAAUCUCUAUUGAAAGUAUUGAAUGUCCGAGGUAUACGAGAGAAGUCUUUACAGAAGCAAAUUCAGAAGCACUUAGACUACAUCACCCAGGCCUGUCUAAGGAAUAAAGAUUGUAUCAUAGAUACAAAAGGACAUGAUCAUGGUGAGCUGACAAGAGAUGUAGUGGAAAACUGGUGCAUGGAGGAUCAGGAGAUGGAGGUGGAUAUCGCAAUUCUCCAGCAGGUGGAAGAUCUGGAGAGAAGAGUGGCUUCCGCUAGUCUGCAAGUGAAGGGCUGGAUGUGCCCGGAGCUCGAUUCUGAGAGGGAAGACUUGGUUUAUCACGAACAUAAACCUGUUGCCCAAUGGCAUAAGGAACAUGAUGGAGACCACACAGGAGAUGAAGGCCGAAAUUCAUGUGCUAUAGAACGGAAGAGUGACAACCCACUAGAUAUAGCCGUAACCAGGCUGACUGACUUGGAGAGGAACAUUGAGAGAAGGUAUCUGAAGAGCCCCUUAAGUACCACCAUUCAGAUCAAACUGGAUAAUGUGGGCACAGUUACUGUCCCUGCUCCUGCACCAUCUAUUAGUGGUGAUGGUGACGGGACUGAAGAUGACAUUGCUCCAGGUCUUAAGAACUGGAGGAAAGCGCUGUCGGAGUCCCGCAGUGCUGCACAAGUAUCACUCUGCAUUCAGCAGCUGCAGAAAUCUAUUGCUUGGGAGAAAUCCAUUAUGAAAGUUUACUGCCAAAUAUGUCGUAAAGGGGACAACGAGGAAUUAUUGCUUUUGUGUGAUGGCUGUGACAAAGGAUGUCAUACCUACUGCCAUCGGCCCAAAAUCACAGCUAUUCCAGAAGGCGACUGGUUCUGCCCUGCCUGUAUUGCCAAGGCAAGCGGAUAUACUUUAAAAAUGAAGAAGGCCAGUCUAAAAGGGAAGAAGGCAUCUGAACAGAAAAAAGGAAAGAAAGCAUCAGCCGAGGCCGAAGAUGAAGACGUACCUGUAGUAACUGGAGGUUCUAGCAAAAAAGGCAGCAAGGACUCCAAAAAAAGGAAAGCAGAUGAAAAUAACGUUAGUCCUCCGAAACAGGAAAGUUCCCCAGCAUCUAAGAAAUCGAAGACCUCAGCCAAGGAUGACCCUAAGGAUCUGGCUCUUUGUAGUAUAAUCUUGUCGGAGAUGGAGUCUCAUCAGGACGCUUGGCCUUUUUUGCUCCCUGUUAACUUGAAACUUGUUCCUGGUUACAAAAAAGUCAUCAAGAAACCUAUGGACUUUGCAACCAUCAGAGAAAAGCUGAGCAGUGGGCAAUACCCAAGCUUUGAGGCAUUUGCCCUGGACGUCAGACUUGUCUUUAACAACUGUGAAACUUUCAAUGAAGACGACUCUGAAAUCGGCAGAGCUGGACACAAAAUGAGGAUACACUUUGAAAAAAGAUGGACGGAAAUUUUCAACAUGAGUUGAAACCAUUCGACGAUACUUCAUCCUGAUAACAGCAAGACCAGCAAUGUGAACAACAGCUAACACACACACACUAGAAAAUCAAGACCGUCUACGACCGAGGCGUCAUCAAUACAAGUCAUAGGUUACAACAUCGAUGACCAUAACCCUUUUUUUGAUUUUUGUUUUGUUUUAUUGUGUUUGCGUGUGCGUUAUUCCAACUCACUACUGUCCUGUAGUGCCAGGGGCGUACACUCAAGUCAAAAACCUAUAAAAAUAAACAUAAAAUACAAAAUGUAAAAGAAAAAAAAGGGUGUCAUAGUGCAAUAGGUAAUAAAAUAUAUCAAAACGCACUGAUUCUUCAUCCACCAGAGCUGUACUGAGGAAAUGGUUACCCAUUCCCUUUCAAUAAAUAUCUAUUUUUUAUUGUUUAAUAUUAUUAUUUUUGUUAUUUUUUUAUUACUUUGUAGCUUACUGUUAGUGAAUGUAUUUAAUUUUAUGAAUUAUUUAUGAUUAAACAGCAGACCGAAUCUUCGUUUUCUGUGAAAAGGAAGACUAGAAAAAAAAAUAUUGCUUUAAAUCUUGAAAAUACAAGAAUGUUAAGAAAUAAAUAAAUUAAAAAAAAUAAAUAAAAUUAAAGAAAAAACAAAAAAAACAAAAAAAAAAAAACAAGCCAAGUAAAACUGUUUACACAGAUGUGCUGGAACGGCACUGAAACGGAACUUUACUGUAAAGUUACAAGUACAUUUAUAUAAAUAUACGUUGCUGCAUCACUCAUAUAGUAAAAUUGUAUUUCAAGAUGGUAAAGACAAAUGGAGAACUAUGUAUAUACUGUUCACUAUUGUUUAUAUGAAGUCUUGUUUAAAAUCUGUAUGAUGUGUACAUAUUGUUUGCAGGCGUCGGGUAUGAUGUCUGUUUUAGAAGGAUUGUAGCAUUUUAUUUUAGUUAGGUAAAUAUUAACCUAUAACUUGUACAGUAUCCUCUACCAACACUGUGGCGUCUCCCUAACAUUGGUAGUGCCUGCCUUCAAAACAGGGGCGUAGGGGAUAUAAUAUUGUGGUUUGGUUUUUGUGUUUUUUUUUAUUUUAUUUUUGUUUUUUUUGUGUGUUUUUUUUUUAAUUAUUAUAUUGUUUUCUUUCAUGUUUUUUUUUAUGAUUAUUAUAAUUAUUAUUAUAAUAUUUGUUUUAUUUUCAUUUUUUUUAUUAUAUCAUUUGAAGCCAAGUAGGCCUGAAAAAACAAAAACAAAAAGUAUAAUCAUUUGUAUCCAUGUGAAAUGAAACGUGUGACAAAUUUCCUACACACAGUAUUUUUUCAUAGAUGCAUUUCCCGUCAUUCGCCUCGCCACAGAAAUGAUGAUAAUAAAAGAAAGAAAGAAAAAAAAAAUAAUAA